GUUUUUAUUUCAUCUAAAAAUACACCCAAUUUGUAAUAUUUUCAUAUAUUUGAGUUUAGAAUAAAAUUUUAUGUAUUUUGAUUCAAAAACUUGUGUUGAUUGAAAUCUAAUUAAUUAUUAUUAUAUCAAAACUGUUUUAUAUUUAAGCAUUGUUAACACCACUAAAAAGGCAGCAGUUGUCAACGACGUCAUGGAAAAUCAGAGAUAGAAGUUUCACUAAUCGCAAGUAGUUAAUUAUCAGCAUGUUUCCAGUAACUGUUUGUAUUUAAUCUUAACAAAACAUGUGUAUCGAUUAUGUUAGUCAUAGUAUCACGACGUGUACAUUCUGCCAUCGUCGCCGCUGUCAACUUCGACCUGCGGAGUGCGACAGUGGAGUGGUUCGAACAGGGAGAAACAAAAGGAAAAGAAAUUGACAUGACAGCUAUAGCAUCCCUAAAUCCCGAAAUCAUAAUCCUAAAACCUGGAGAACCGUCAAUUCAAGAAUCACAACAGAAUCAACCACCCAGCCACAAUUUGCAAAAAGAUUCUUCUGGUUCUUCUGAUGAAGAAACUAGUGCUGCAAUGGCACAAUCGGGACGAUAUAGCCAUAAAUUGGACGAAAGCGACGACGAUUUUAAUAGUAAUCAAUUUUCACCAGAAACGGCAACAUUAUCGAAUCCAACAAGACGGUCCAUAGCUAGCGUCAAAUCUAACAAUGGAGUUUUGCGACCACCACAGCAGACUCGGACUACUAAUCAGUUGUUUGUGUCAUCUAACAAUGGUCACACCUUAACUUCAAACGAAUCAAAUAUACCCACAAGUCGUGCGAAUAUACAGAACACGCGUCGCAGUAAUGUCGUUAAAGAAGUAGAAAAACUAAAAAAGAACAGAGAAGAGCGAAGACAAAGACAAGCAGAAGAAAAGGCCGAGAAAGAAGCGUUCCUUCAAUUAGCUCCCGGGAACCCCCAUUGGGAGUUAUUAAAUAUGAUUAUGGAAUAUCGGCGUGGUUUGGACAUCAAACCACUGACUGAAAACGAUGCAAUUGAAGACCACUUAAUCACAGUUUGUGUGCGAAAAAGGCCUUUGAAUAAACGAGAAAUCACAAAGAAAGAAGUAGACGUUAUAACUAUACCAAGUAAAAAUCAGCUGAUCGUGCACGAGCCUAAAAACAAAGUAGAUCUUACGAAAUAUUUAGAAAACCAGCUCUUUAGAUUUGACUACGCCUUCGACGCCACGUGCUCCAACGAAAUGGUCUACAGGUAUACGGCGCAACCUUUAAUUAAGACGAUCUUCGAGGGCGGUUUUGCCACCUGCUUCGCAUAUGGACAAACGGGUUCUGGCAAAACUCACACAAUGGGCGGCGACUUUAACGGGAAGAGCCAAGAUUGUCACAAAGGAAUUUACGCCAUGGCAGCGGCCGACGUCUUCAAAUUGGCGAACUCUUCAAAAUAUCACCAUUUGAAUCUCGUAGUUUCGUCUAGUUUCUUCGAAAUUUAUUCUGGAAAAGUGUUUGACCUGUUAAAUAACAAAGCCAAAUUACGGAUACUCGAAGACGGUAAACAGCAAGUUCAGGUCGUCGGAUUGACCGAAAAAGUCGUUUGUUCGACCGACGAAGUUCUAAAGCUCAUCCAGAAAGGCAAUCAAGCGCGCACGUCUGGACAAACAUUCGCAAAUUCCAAUUCUUCAAGGUCACAUGCAGUCUUUCAAAUUUAUUUGCGGGCGAAUAAUAACAUGCAGAAGGUGCACGGGAAGUUCUCGCUAAUUGAUUUAGCCGGGAACGAGAGGGGUGCGGAUACGUCUUCAGCAAACAGGCAAACUAGGAUGGAGGGUGCUGAAAUAAAUAAGUCUCUUCUGGCCCUGAAAGAGUGCAUAAGAGCGUUAGGAAGAAAGGGUGCUCAUUUACCGUUUCGUGUGAGUAAAUUGACUCAAGUUCUUCGGGAUUCUUUUGUGGGUUCCAACUCCCGUACGUGCAUGAUAGCGAUGGUUUCGCCCGGAGUGAAUUCCUGUGAGCAUACAUUAAACACGUUAAGAUACGCAGACAGAGUUAAAGAACUUGGAGGCGGCGACUUGCAGACUAACACUUUAUCAGAUGAACAACAAGGUGAUGGCGAUUUACUGCAACUAAGAUCUUUGAAUGAAAAUGAUAUGACCCAAGAAAUGUUAAACUUUCAUCAAGUAAUCUCUGAACUGGAAAUUGGCGAAGAAAAUAUGUUAGAUAAUCAUAAACAAACAAUCGAAGAACUAUUGGCGACUUACGAGAAAGCAGUAGCACUAUUCAGGAUGACUGAUGAAGUGACUUAUGACCAAGAAGGAUAUUGCAAGAACUGGGAAGAGCUGAUUGACAACGCGUUGGCUUGUUUAGUAAGGUCGAAGGAAGUCGUAGCUGAUUACAAAGCAAAGAUGUCUGCUGAAGAACUAUUAAGUCGCAAAACCAAAUGAAAGUACUCACAAUAAUUAACUAAAUUGUAUAUUUGUCUUAUUUUUUAUUGAUUGAUUGUCUUUACAGUAUUAAACUACGUGUUUUAGGUUUUUUUUUUUUAUCAGGAAAUGAAUUGAAUUGAAAUAAUGUAACGCUCUUCAAUUUAGUACAAAUUCCUGUUAACAAUUUAAAGGAAUAAGUACAGUCUCAAAUUAUUAAGUCUACUAUUUAUUACUUUUUAUACUUGCAAUUAAUUUAUUUGUAGGCCUCUAAAUUGGUGGUAUGUGGCCGUAACUUAUGCUUUAAUAAUUUGACUAAUUGAAAGACGUUCCUCUGAAUGUAAAAAACGAACAACUUUACUGUCCAUAGCCCGCAUUUUAUUAUUCAAUAUCAUUAAUUUAAUUAUUAGGCUGUGCUAUAUAUAUAUAUAUUUUGUUCUUACAAGAAAUGCAGGCUAUCGCUACUUUUAGUUUCAUUCUGUUGUGAAAUACCUAUUGCUUAGUAAUGUUGAAAAUUAAAAGAGGUGCAUAAUAAAGAGGCCUUUUUAUGAA